AUGUCUACUAUCGUACUUGUAACAGGAGCCAACACCGGGUUAGGUUUAGAAAUCGUACGAGCUCUAUUUAAUUCUUCCGUCACUUACACCCUCAUCUUAGCUUGUAGAUCGUUGGACAAAGCCAUCAAAGCGAUUGAGUUAGUCAAGAAUGAUUAUCCUGAGAGUAAAUCCGAAGCAUGGGGUGUAGAAUUAGAUGUGGAAAAUGAUGAGAGUAUCAAAAAUUGUUUUGAGGUUGUGAGUGGAAAAGUGGAUAGGUUAGAUGUGCUUGUGAAUAAUGCAGGUAAGUGGUUUUCCUCUUCUUUUUACGACACCAUGUCCAUUCGAGAGAUAUGGAACAAAACUUGGGAUAUCAACGUGACCGGUACACAUAUCGUGACUCACACAUUCGCUCCUCUUCUUCUAUCUUCCCACUCUCCAAGAUUGUUAUUCAUCACCUCUGGUGUUUCUUCACUUUCCGCAACGGAGGAUUCAACACUUCCUCUUGAUCGCCCACCUCCCCCAGGAUGGCCAAAGGAUGCGCAAUUGAUCGAUUUUCCCGCUUAUCGAUCGUCUAAAACCGGAAUGAACAUGCUUGUACGUCAAUGGACACGGUUGUUGAAGGAAGAUGGAGUCAAGGUUUUUGCUGUCAGUCCGGGUUUGUUAGCUACUGGAUUAGGAGGGAUGGGGGCAGAUAUGAUGAAAAAGAUGGGCGCGGAGGAUCCGAAAGUAGGUGGAGAGUUUGUGAGGGAUGUUGUGGAAGGGAAACAGGAUGAGUUUACAGGUAAGGUUAUUCGAAGAGCUGGUGUGCAACCUUGGUGA